AUGAAGAUAACGGAGAAAUUACAACAACAUCAGGAAGUAUGUAGUAAACCAACUUAUUCUUUCGAAUACUUCGUUCCAAAGACGACUCAGGGUGUGCAGAAUUUGUAUGAUAGAAUGGAUAAAAUGUACCAAAGUUCCUUACCUUUGUUUAUCGAUAUUACAUGGAAUGCUGGUGGUGGUACGCUUUCAAAACUUUCUACGGAGUUGGUUUCCACAUCACAAUCCGUAUUAGGAUUGGAAACCUGUAUGCAUUUAACUUGUACCAAUAUGGAGAUUUCCAUGAUUGAUGAUGCCUUAGAGUCCGCUUAUAAUUCUGGUUGCCAGAACAUCUUAGCGUUAAGAGGUGAUCCACCAAGGGAUGCCGUCAAUUGGCAACCAACUGAAGGUGGAUUCGCCUAUGCCAAAGAUUUAAUCUCCUACAUAAGAUGCAAAUAUGGUGAUUAUUUUGAUAUAGGUGUUGCUGGGUAUCCUGAAGGUCACCCAGAAGAACCUAACAAACUAAAAAACUUAAAGUAUUUGAAAGAAAAGGUUGACGCAGGUGCCAAUUUUAUCGUCACUCAAAUGUUUUAUGAUGUGGAUAAUUUCAUACAAUGGUGUAAAGAAGUAAGGGAGUUCGGUAUUGAUGUCCCCAUUAUCCCAGGUAUCAUGCCAAUCACAGGGUACGCCGCAUUCCUAAGAAGAGCUUCUUGGGGUCAAAUCAAUAUUCCGAAAUAUUUUUUUGCAUUACUGGACCCUAUCAAAGAUAAUGAUGAAUUGGUCAGAGAAAUUGGAACUAAAUUAGUUGUGGAAAUGUGUCGUAAAUUAUUAUCUAGUGGUUACAUUAACCAUUUGCAUAUUUACACCAUGAAUUUGGAAAAAGCUUCGUUGAUGAUUCUAGAACAAUUAGAUUUAUUACCAACAGAAAAUGAAUAUCUAACUGAACCAAUUUCAAUGCUACCAUGGAGGAAAUCAUUGAAUCCAAAGCGUAAAUUUGAGGAAGUCAGACCAAUUUUCUGGCAACGAAGACCAUAUUCUUACGUCGCAAGAACAUCAAAUUGGGCUGUUGAUGAAUUUCCUAAUGGUAGAUUCGGUGAUUCGUCAUCCCCCGCCUUUGGUGAAUUAGAUCUUUGCGGUGGUACUCUUUUGAGACAAUCUUCCAAAAAAUGUCUAGAAUUAUGGUCAACGCCGGAAUCGAUAAAUGAUCUGGCACAAUUAGUUAUUUCUUACUUGAAUGGAAAAAUUAAUUGUUUGCCAUGGAGCGAUAUGCCAAUCGAUCGUGAAGUCGAUGCUUUAUUGAGUCAUUUAAUUCAACUAAAUAUUAAAAUGAUAAUUACGGUAAACUCACAACCUCAAAUUAAUGGCACCCCUUCAAGCGACAAAAUUUAUGGUUGGGGUCCCAAAGAUGGUUAUGUUUAUCAGAAAGAGUACUUAGAGUUUCUACUACCUAAGACAAAGCUACCAAGCUUACAAGCUAAAUUAGAAAAAAAUAAGAUUCUUACUUAUUUUGCGGUUGACUUUGAAGAUAAUCUAGUAACAAAUCAUUCAAAAGAUUCAAAAGCAAAUGCAGUAACUUGGGGUAUAUUCCCUGGAAGGGAAGUACUGCAACCAACAAUUGUAGAAAAAGUCUCCUUUUUAGCCUGGAAGGAAGAAUUUUAUCGUAUUCUAGAGGAGUGGAAAAUUCAUUUAAUUGAAAAUAAUGCUUCUGAUAGUGUCAAUUUCAUACAAUCAUUACUAGAAGAUUACGUUCUUGUCAAUAUUGUGGAUAACAAUUUUGUUUCGCCUAAUGAUGACAUUUUUGAUCUAUUAAUGAGCUUAUAG